AUUGACAUCUUCCUUACCAAAGAUCGGAGCUUUUCCAAAGUUUCGAAAACUUUUACUCGCGUGUGUUAUUUUUGUUCGGUUUCUGUUUCAAAGAGUGUGAUCAUGAGAGCGAGAUUGAUUGUUUUCCCGAUUAAAGGGAAGAACUGGUGUUUUAGCAGAUCCGUUGAUCCUUUCGCUGCUCAGUCGCCGUCCGGCGUUACUCCGACGACUAUACGAGGUUUAUGGAAGAAACUAUCAUCUGAGUCGAAGCCAAUCAAUGCCAACGCAGAGCUUCUCGUCGAUUUCAUCUCUGACAAGAUGAAUAAAGCUUGGAUGGGUCUUGAGAAAGCGCCUGACGGGUCAAUGAAGAACAAGAUUCAUGGGUUAGGAUUAAAGCUUCUGGCUCGUGUUAAGCCGUCUGAGAUUUUCUUGAAGUCUAUAUCUAAGGAGGUCACUUCUGUACAAGUCACUUAUCCUCUAAGUUUAGACUCUAAACUUGUACGCAGGAGACUACGCCACAUUGCCAUGAGUGGAACAAUCCUGCACAAGAAGUACCUAAUUGGUUCAGUAACUUUGCUUCCAUUGACCAGUGCAUUUAUGGUAUUGCCAUUACCAAACAUAGCAUUCUUCUGGGUCUUAUUCCGUACAUAUUCCCACUGGCGAGCUCUUCAGGGAAGCGAGAAGCUGCUUAAGCUCAUCUCAAACCAGUCAACUCCUGAGAAACCAAACUCAACUGAUGAUGCAAAUGAAAGCAAGAACAACAACAACAACAAACCGAAACAAGAAUCUCUAUCUCCCACAUGUGUUUUGCUGCCAUCAGAAGAGUUGUAUCAGCUACUUCGUGAAGCUAACGACGAGGAAGGGCUCGACGAGGAGAUCAUAGUAGAGAUUUGCAAAUCCUUUCAUCUAAAUAAGAUCGAUGUUCUUAAAUAUCGCAAUCUAGUCUAACUCUUUUUGGCAUUUUAGGCUCUCUUUUUUUUAUUUGUUUUGAAACAAACUUUCAAACACUUUCAGAUGUUUGAAGCUAGAGAUUACGAUCCAAUUCUUUUUGUCUUUUGAUUCCUUGCUACUUUUCUUUAAAACAAAAAAACAUAUAUGUAACUUGGAAACAGUUGCAUUUUCAGUUUUGCACAACAAAAGGAAAACAUA